AUGGCGAGCCUCCCACCUCCGCCGGAUUCAGCGGCCUACAUCGGAUUCAAAGAAUGGGUCUCACAAGCUGUCGUUGCGUCCUUCGUAGCGGGCGGUGUAGCUGGCGCAGUAUCACGGACAGUAGUAAGCCCUCUUGAGCGACUGAAGAUUCUCUUGCAAGUGCAGACGGGAGCGCAAUCGGAAUACAAGACGAGUAUCAGCAAGGCUUUGGCGAAGAUAUGGCGGGAAGAAGGUUUCAAAGGAAUGAUGGCGGGGAAUGGUACUAAUUGUAUACGGAUUGUGCCGUAUAGUGCGGUGCAGUUUGGGAGUUACAACUUUUACAAGAGGUUCUUCGAAGCCUCGCCUGGUGAACCUCUCUCCGCCGGACGAAGAUUACUAUGUGGAGCCACAGCAGGUGUCACCUCCGUAACAUUCACAUACCCUCUCGACAUCGUCCGAACACGCCUCAGCAUCCAAAGCGCAUCCUUCGCCGGCCUGAAAAAGGCAGAAGCAGGAAAGAAGUUGCCAGGCAUGUGGGAGACGAUGAAGACAAUGUACAAGAACGAAGGAGGUUUCUUCGCAUUAUAUCGGGGCAUAAUACCGACGGUAGCUGGCGUGGCGCCUUAUGUGGGAUUGAAUUUCAUGAUCUACGAAUCCGUACGAAAAUACUUCACACCCGACGGACAGGCGAAUCCUAGUUCGUUCGGCAAGCUCGCAGCAGGAGCAAUAUCGGGAGCCGUGGCGCAGACAUGCACAUACCCACUGGAUGUGCUAAGAAGAAGAUUCCAAAUCAAUACAAUGACCGGCAUGGGAUACCGGUACAAGAGCAUAUUCGAUGCGAUACGGGUGAUCGUGGGCAAUGAGGGAGUAAGAGGACUCUACAAGGGCAUAGCACCGAACUUGCUGAAAGUCGCACCGAGUAUGGCGAGCUCCUGGUUAAGUUUCGAGAUGACGAGGGAUUAUUUUGUGUCGCUCAAGCCGGACCCGGAGGAAUAG